AUGGGGCGGUACAUCCCGCCAGAAGCCCUCGACCGCAGCCUCUCCCUGAACGCUGCCUCUGGCAAAGGCCACGCGCUUGGGAAACGCGCACGUCCAUCUGGCGCUCUCGUCGUGCGCUUCGAGCUUCCCUUCGCAGUCUGGUGUACUACCUGCGACCCUGAGCAGAUCAUCGGGCAGGGUGUCCGAUUCAAUGCUGAGAAGACCAAAGUUGGCAAUUAUUACAGCACACCGAUCUGGGCAUUUCGCUUCAAGCAUACUGUAUGCUGUGGGACCAUCGAGGUGCGGACGGAUCCUAAAGCGGCGGAGUAUGUGGUCACUGAAGGAGGACGGAGAAGAGACUACGGAACGAUCAAGGAGGAGCAGUGGGGCGUGUUGGCGGACGGUAAGGCGAGCGAGGCGGAGAAGGAGCGCCUAGAAAAGGAGGGUGGUUUCGCAGUUUUGGAGAAGGUGAAAGAUGAGAAGGCGGAGAAGCUGACAGCGAGUAGGAGGGUGCAGGAGUUGUGGGAGGAUGGUCUUUUGAAGUGGGGAGAUCCUUACGAGAGGAGUCGGGCUCUGCGCAGGGAGUUCAGAGUGGGCCGGAGGAAGAGGCAGGAAGACGCAAGGACGGGAGGAGCGCUGGCCGAACGAUAUGCACUAGGUCUCGAGAUGCUUCCGCUUCAGGACGGCGAUGCGGAGGCAGCAAAGGAGAUUGACUUCGGUGGGGACCUUGAGACUGUGCGAACCGAGACAAAGCCACUAUUCCGAGCGAAAGAUGGGCAACAAACGUCCGCUCAGCCGGACAACGCCCUGGUAAAGUCGGGCUCAUCCAGCAAGCACAGUCCGCAGGCAGCCCAGCGAAAGGCGAAGCUACUGGAUGCACUGAAAGGCAACACGCGUCCCAAGCACAGCCCAUUCCUUGAUCACACAGUCGGGACUGUCUGGGCGCCACAGGUAAAGCGACGGAGGCAACAACAGGUCACGUCGAAUAAGGCCGCUGAUGACCCAGCAUCGUCUCACCACACACACGACACGGUUGCGGAUGCAGACACGCAGCUUCUGCGGAAGAGAGAAGCGACCGAUACCAAUUCACAACAGACAAACGCCCCCGUUGGUCUUGUUGCGUAUGACUCCGACAGCAGCUGA